CACUCUGACCAGAGAAGCAGAACAAGACACACGAGUUCUUACCAGCUCAUAAUACGAUUAUCUAAUCUUUCACAAUGGCAGACGAUGAUGUUGCGGCUUUAGUUAUCGACAAUGGAUCCGGAAUGUGCAAAGCUGGAUUCGCCGGAGACGAUGCCCCCAGGGCUGUGUUCCCCUCCAUCGUCGGACGCCCCAGACAUCAGGGUGUGAUGGUUGGUAUGGGACAGAAGGACAGCUAUGUAGGAGACGAGGCCCAGAGCAAGAGAGGUAUCCUCACCCUCAAAUACCCCAUCGAACACGGCAUCGUCACAAACUGGGACGACAUGGAGAAGAUCUGGCAUCACACCUUCUACAAUGAACUUCGUGUGGCCCCAGAGGAACACCCCGUCCUUCUGACCGAGGCUCCACUUAACCCAAAAGCCAACAGAGAAAAGAUGACACAGAUCAUGUUCGAAACCUUCAACUCCCCCGCCAUGUACGUCGCUAUCCAGGCUGUACUUUCCCUGUACGCUUCCGGUCGUACAACUGGUAUUGUACUCGACUCCGGAGACGGUGUAUCUCACACUGUACCCAUCUACGAGGGAUACGCCCUUCCACACGCCAUCAUGAGAUUGGAUCUAGCUGGUCGUGAUCUGACAGAUUACCUCAUGAAAAUCCUCACAGAACGUGGUUAUUCCUUCACAACCACAGCUGAAAGAGAAAUCGUCAGAGACAUUAAAGAGAAAUUGUGCUAUGUUGCUCUAGACUUUGAACAGGAAAUGGCAACUGCUGCUUCAUCAUCAUCCCUGGAGAAGAGCUACGAACUUCCUGACGGUCAGGUCAUCACCAUUGGCAACGAGCGAUUCAGGUGCCCAGAGGCCUUGUUCCAGCCAUCUUUCCUUGGAAUGGAAUCUUCUGGAAUCCAUGAAACCACAUACAACAGUAUCAUGAAAUGUGAUGUUGAUAUCCGUAAAGACUUGUACGCUAAUACAGUUCUGUCAGGUGGUACCACUAUGUAUCCCGGUAUUGCUGACCGUAUGCAGAAAGAAAUCACAGCUUUAGCUCCCAGCACAAUGAAGAUCAAGGUCAUUGCUCCACCAGAGAGGAAAUACUCCGUCUGGAUCGGUGGUUCUAUCCUUGCUUCUCUAUCCACCUUCCAACAAAUGUGGAUCAGCAAACAGGAAUACGACGAAUCUGGUCCAUCCAUUGUCCACAGGAAGUGCUUCUAGAUCAUGUUAAACUGAACAAAUCCUGAAAUGUGCAAUAAAACUGUUCUGCUUGUAGGUUAUAUGUGAAGAAUGAAUGGUGAUUAAAUGUUGUAUGUUGUAUAUUUUUGAUGAUGAAUGAAUAAAUUCUGUUUACAAUU